CCCCUUCCCCUCCCCCUCCCACCCCAUGUUCCAGUUACUGCGAGGAGGAGCCGCCGCGUUUGCGAGUCUUGUUGUCCGACCGCCGAUCGUAACAAAAAUGGCCCUAACCCAACUCUCAAGUACUAAAUGCUUUGGAGGAUAUCAGAAGGUGUACGAGCAUGACAGCUCGGAAUUGAAAUGCAAGAUGCGGUUUGGAAUCUACUUGCCUCCCAAAUCAGAGAGUGCAAAGUGCCCAGUGUUGUAUUGGCUUUCAGGAUUAACCUGCACAGAACAGAACUUCAUAACCAAAGCAUCCAGUCAACAGGCAGCCGCAGAGCACGGUCUCGUUGUCGUGGUGCCGGACACCAGUCCUCGUGGCUGCAAUAUUCCUGGUGAGGAUGAGAACUGGGACUUUGGUACAGGUGCUGGGUUUUAUGUAAAUGCCUCCGAGGAGCCUUGGAAGACUAAUUACCGGAUGUACGCCUAUGUGACCGAGGAGUUGCCUCGUCUCGUUGAUGCUAAUUUCUCUGUGAUCUCUGGGAAGAUGUCCAUCUUUGGCCAUUCAAUGGGUGGUCAUGGGGCAUUAGUUUGUGCUUUGAAAAACCCUGGAAAGUACAAGUCUGUGUCAGCGCUGGCUCCUAUCUGCAACCCCGUGAUGUGCCCCUGGGGACAGAAGGCAUUUACUGGGUACCUGGGACCUGAUAAAACCAAGUGGGAGACGUACGAUGCCACCUCUCUGGUGGGAUCCUAUUCCGGACCUCACCUGGACAUCCUCGUUGACCAAGGAAAGGACGAUCAGUUCUUGGUUGCUGGACAAUUGCUCCCUGAUAACUUUAUCAAGGCAUGCACUGAAAAUAAGAUUCCAGUUGUUUUACGGCUCCAGGAGGGAUAUGAUCACAGUUACUACUUCAUCGCUUCAUUUAUCGGAGACCACAUCAAACACCAUGCAAAGUAUCUCAAUGCUUAGGCACCAGCAUCUAAUUGUACCUCUCCUUCGUGAAAGAUAAUAGUUCACCAUAUUUUGGUUCAAUAACUGCAGUUCUUGCCCUUCCCUACACAGUGGCUGCUGGUAUUUUGAGUUGAUCUGCAACAAGGAAUUUAUCCUCAGCUAGCCAACCCUUUGGAAAUCAUUGUCAUUGAUUUGCUUAAUAAAAUUAGAGUUGUUAUCUCGUCCAUAUCAGUGUAAAAGAACAAAGCUGAAAUAAAGUCUUGAGAAUAAAGUUAAUAAAACUGGGUUUGGGUAUCUGUGUGCAACAGGAAGGACACUGCCAUAAAGCAGUCAUCUAGAUCAGUGGUUCCCAACCUUUUUUAGCUCAUGGCCCCCUUGGGAUCUUUUAAUUUUUCUGUGGCCCCCCCCGACAUUAUUAGCGGAAAAAAAGUACUUCAAUAUUAUAAUACCUUCCAUAAAAAUAUCAGUGUCUAUUAAUUGCACAUAUAUUUAAAUGUAUUAGAACUGAAAUUUAGGAGGCAACAGGGUGGUAGCGUUGUGGCCCCCUUCAUUGAACCUGUGGCCCCCUAAAUCCCAAUUUUUUUCUGUGGCCCCCCUGAAAUUUGCCAUGGCCCCAGGUUGGGAAUGACUGAUCUAGAUGAGCUGUAGAGGGCUGCCUCGACCCUGGUCUCAGCAAAUCCACACCUUCUGAGCUGGCCCAGGAGCAUCUGGCAGUUUAAUGACCUUGCCACUGGGAUGUGAUGGGAGGGAAUGGGAAGAGCCGAGUCUGCUCCAGUUGAUAGCACUUCAGUUCCACUUCAGGAAACUAAUCAGUCUACCCUAUGAAUGAAUAAUAGAAUAGACAAUAGGUGCAGGAGUAGGCCAUUCGGCCUAUCUAGGCCUCGCAUCAUUUUAUAUACUUUAAUCAGAUCUCCCCUCUAUGUCUGGCAUUCUAGAGAAAACAAUCCAAAUGUGUCCAACCGCUCCCUAACACUGCCUAAUCCUGGCAUAAUUCUGGUAAAGCUCCUCUGCAACCGUUCCAAAGCCUUUGUGUCUUUCCUGUAAUGGGUGACCAGAACUGCACACAAUACUCAAAUUGCGGCCUAACCAAAGAAUUAUAAAGCUGCAUCAUGAUUUCCUGACAUACUCAAUGCCCUGAACAAAGAAGGCAAGUAUACUGUAUGGAAUUCUCUGCCACAGAAGGCAGUGGAGGCCAAUUCACUGGAUGUUUUCAAGAAAUAGUUAGAUUUAGCUCUUGGGGCUAAGGGAUAUGGGGAAAAAGUAGGAAAGGGGUACUGAUUUUAGAUGAUCAGCCAUGAUCAUAUUAAAUAGUGGUGCUGGCUCGAAGGGCCAAAUGGCUUUCUCCAUCUAUUUUGCUGUGUCGUCUUUACUACGCGAUCUACUUGUGUUGCCACUUUCAGGCGCUUAUGGACUAGGACCCCAAGAUCCCUCUAAUACUGUUUAGGAUCUUACCAUGAAUUGCAUAUUUGAAAUGGGGCAACUCUGUGUACUGCCUCAGUGAAGUCUAUUCUUACACUACAAUUGUGGCACUUUUGUGUUUAUUUAUGAUUGAGCUUAUGUACAGUAUAGUAUGAAUUUACUGAGGUUUGCAAAACAACGAAUUUCACUGUAUUAAGGUACAUUUGACAAUAAAGUACUUUAAGAAGGAAC